AUGACAUUUUUCAGAGCCCGAGACCGUCGCCCUGCGGGCCAACUUGGCCGCAAGAUCUCUCGCGUCUUCCGCCGCGACCAGCAAGCUGCUGGAGCCUUACGCGCGACCGCGAACAGUCCACCGCCUCCGGAGCAUCCCAUUCCAAGCACCGCUCGUGUAGCUAAGCUGCGGCAAACGAUCUCAAGGAUUCUUGUCAGAUGGAGGCCGCGUCACGGGGUUGUAACGCCUUUGGUGGACGGAUCUUUGGAGCCCCACCAUCGCUCUGCUCCUGGCCCGCACUCGGUACUUGUGGCACGAGAUCCUGAACGCAUACGUCGCAUCCGCAGCUAUCUGGGAUCCUCCGGCCACGACCAAGCUAUCCCCAAGCGCAAACGAUCUGUCCGAUUCGAGCAGUACCCCAAUACUUCCAGCUGUAUCGACCAGCUUGACGGACAAUCUGGCGAGAAGUUUACCAUGUGGGAGGACUCGGGAAACUCUGAGACAAGUGGGCUCUCGCAGGGCACGGCCGAAAGACUGGGAGCACUGAGCGCGAACUUGAACUUGGACACUGGCGUCAGGACUGUAAUCAAGCGCGCAAAACCGGAGAAGCCACAAGUUCCACAUAUUGUUACAACUUUCGAUGACACGACCAGCAAUGGGCAUGCCAUAGAACAACGCCAUUCAUCUCCGAGCACUACCUCGUCCGCAACGCUUUUCAGUCGUGGAUCAAAAGGAGCAUGGUCUCCCACCAGCACAGCCUCCACUGGAGCAACUUCGAUCACGUCCCUCACAUCCCCUGGCUCGUCUGGUUCUCGCAAGCGGCACUCACCGGAAGAGUGUCAAAUAUUGAGCAAAGGGGGCGACAAAGGCGAGAACCUUGUGCUGCCACCUAUCCAGGAAGAUACAGGCCACUCUAUCCUGAUCCCGACGCAAGAAGCUUCUGUCGAUGUGCAGCCGUCAGUCGCAACCGUCGAGAAUGCAGUAGCAGCUAAAUGUGCCUUGGAGACCAUGUACGAUCCUAUCUUCACCAAGUCGCAUUCGCCAAGGUCCAUUCGCAAGAAGAAGUUCGAGAGAUACAUGAACGAACUCGGCAUGUCGCAUGAUCAACGAGCCAUCGCAUAG